GACGUCACACAGUAUAGUUUGACGUCAUAUACUAUAGUUUGGUCAACUCUAUUCACCCUGUGGGCUGUAGUUUGCCUCUCCGGGACCAUGUAGGAGUCCUAAUCAUCAAUACCGUGAGUGUAGACUCCGUCAUUACCCAGGACACGAGUCAGCACGCAACACCGGUGUAACCGCCAGCUAGCGAAGUGGAGCUGUCUGUUGUUACAUGAGUAGCAGCUGUGUGUAGUCUGAGUGGAAGGGCUGUGGAGGAGCUGACACCUCGGCUCAUACUGAGGAUCUGUGACAGUAUCAUCACCUGAUCUCAGAUAACUGCACCACAAUGGACAUCCAGAAGCGCCUCCAGCGGAAGAACCACCAGGCGGCUCUGCAGGCCCGGCGCAUGAACAAGACCGCCCGUCGUCUUCUACAGGACAAGAUUGGCAUCCUCGAGUCAUCCUACAAGAAACAGGAGAAGCUUUUGUGUCGCGAGACCAAGUCACUGGAGCAGGAGUUGCGGUCCUGCAAUGGUACUACUUCAACAAGUUUACAACACCCAGCGACUGUGCAUUCUUUAAACCAUUCCCCUAGCCAAAACAUCGUGUCAGACCUCCGGGUCACUCCUGGGUGUGGCUCGCAAUGUAGAUUCCAUGCGAUGCCCUCCCAGUGUCGAUACUUUCCAUGUCAACGCCUGUCCACUUACCACAGCAUCGGCUUCAACAUCCGGGCACCGAGCGGGCAGUCCGUGGAACCCGGCACGUCUAAGGCGUACAUCUUCCUUGGUGGAGUAGCGCUUGAGGAAGAUAAUGUAGUUUCCAGUCGAGACAUAGGCUGUCUGGCCCCUUCAACUCACGUGUCACCCAGGAACAGCAUACAGGAUCGUGAACGAGGUUUACGGCAAUUAGUUAGAGAGAUGAAACAGCGCAACAACCAGCAACGUCCUCGCGCGUGGGCCGUCAACUACGGUAACCCAAUGUCCAGCAGGCAGCUCCUCAAACCCGUGGUGCCUGUAUCAGACCAGGAACUGGCGCCAUAGGCACUAUAGUUGUCUGUACAAGGCAUUUACGAAACAUUUUGAACAUUUCAUGUCUACCAUAAAUAUAUUCUGAACAU